AUGCGUGUUGCUACAUCUGAAACCGAGAUAAUUGAACGAGAAUGGGUUUUUUCCAGAAAAGUACAAGUACUGACAGCCUGUGCAGUUUUCUUCCUGUUAUACGUCCUGACUACCUCCUCGCCAGCAGCACUUGUUGCGGAACAGUCGCAAACAAUUUAUUUUCUUGCAAAUGAUGGCUGCUCCUGCACGCACAAAAACGUCACAUACGGUUUCUGCUACCAUUUACCCAAAAACUGGACCAUUAAAGGAAGACGCUUCAACUGUAAUUCCUCUUCACAUCUUGAAAAGCUUGGAUUGUUAUCGAAAGCGAAAGUCAUUGAUUUGAUGACAGAAAAGAUGCCCACGCCGAUGUUCGUGAGUGCUAUGUCCGAAAACCACUUUAUGGAAGGGCUUAACAUGAUCGCAAACAUCCGCAGUCUUUGGCCACGUCAGAGGAUUAUCAUCUACGAUUUGGGUCUCAAUCCUAAGACAAAAAGGAAACUUCAAGAGAAGUGUUUGGUUGAAGUGCGGCGUUUUCCAUUCGAAACAUAUCCCCCUUACGUACGGCAAUUAAAGCAGUUUAGAUGGAAACCUCUUAUCAUAGCAAUGAUGCUAAAGGAGUUCGGCGCUUUAUGGUACAUGGAUACAUCUGUUAGAUGGAGAACAGAUUGUCGUGACAGUGUUUACAGCGAUAUCACUUGCCGUAGUGGAUUGAACACGACUUUUGCAAGGCUAUCCUUGCCUACUGCACCGAACAAUGCAAAUUGCACAAAGCCUGCCUACAUGCUUCAUUUACCCGCGCACCACGGCAUUUUUCCUGCCACUCAUCCAGGGAUGUACAAGUAUAUUCCAACGGAUAUCGAUGCCAUUAAGAAGAAGUCAGCCAUGGUUUAUAACGCUGGUUUCGCAUUCAUCGUCAGAACAGCCGAGGCCAUCGAACUGCUAAAAUGGUAUGUCUUAUGCGCGCUCGAGGAUGAGUGCAUGGCACCUCAUGGAGCUAAGCAAUGGUGCAACUUCAAAAACGACCCCUUCAACAGAUACGCAGGAUGCCACAGGUAUUGA